GAAUGGCUUUGGUGUACUGGCUAUUUCCUUCGUGCAUAUUUGUAUUUUGAUACUCGAGUAGGGUGUGGAAAAGACAAUAAACAUGAAACAAUUCACACUAUAACAAGACAUCUACUACGACAUCGUGAAGUGAUCGAAACAGAUACGUGGGCUGGUCUUCCUGAAUUAACAAAUGCAGAUGGAGCAUUUUGCCCUCAUUCAUGUCCCACACAGGCAUGGUCAGCAGCAACAUUAUUAGAUUUAUUUGAUGACAUAAAAAAACUUGAAGCAU